AUGGAUUUAUCUCUGAUUGUCCUUACACUAGCUAUCUCCUUCGUUCUUUUCAUCUUUCUUCACAAAAUAUUAUUGUCGUCUAAAAGGCAGAGUAGAAAUGUACCAGAAGCUGCAGGAGCAUGGCUUAUCAUCGGUCAUCUCCACCUCCCCAAUGGACCUCAAAUGGCACACAAAAUUUUUGGUCAUAUGGCAGAUAAAUAUGGGCCUAUUUUCCAAUUAAAGCUGGGAGUAAAUCACGUAGUAAUAGUGAGUGAUCACAAAAUAUCCAAAGAAUGCUUCACAACAAACGAUAUGGCCUUUGCGAAUCGGCCUAAAAAUAUAGCUUCUGGGAUCUUAGGCUAUAAUAAUGUCAUGUUUGCGUUUGUAUCAUAUGGACCGUACUGGCGUGAGAUAAGGAAGAUAGUCACCGUUGAAUUACUUUCAGCUCGGAGAAUUGAAAUGUUUGGCCACAUUCGAGUAUUAGAAGUAAAAUCAGCUAUUAAAGAGAUUUAUGAAUAUUGGUUGAAGAAUAAGAGUAGUAAGGUGCUGUGA